UACCAUUGAAAAAAUUGCAAGCAAAGCGACGAGUAAUGUCCUGUAAAUUAAAGAUAUUUUCAUAAAAGAUAACAAGGAAGCAGUAUGCACAUUAACUGAUGUUUUAAAUAUCUUUUUGGAUAGGGUGAAAUGGGUCGUCCAGGAAGCCCAGGCCCUCCGGGUCCCACAGGACGGAGAGGUGGAUCCGGAGACCGCGGUUCUCGUGGUAUCCCAGGAUAUACAGGAUCAAGGGGUGAAACAGGUUCCCAGGGUGUGAUUGGACCAAAUGGUGCACAAGGAAUAGAGGGAAUUGUUGGAAAUCGAGGAUCAAGAGGCUCCCGAGGUCGAGCCGGUAUGCAGGGCGUGCAAGGCUUGCCUGGUGUUCCAGGACCGCAAGGAGAACGGGGUAGGAGAGGUUCUGGAGGCCAACAAGGAUUAGCAGGAACACCUGGAGCAGCUGUAAGAAUUGAAAAAAUCAAAAUCAAUGGGACUCAAUUAACGUACAGUACUAAAAGUAUAGUUCUCACGGUCUUGCUAAAUGGGGCAUUAAACUAUUAAGAUCACCAUGUAACCCUCGGUCUGCCCCAGAGACUACAAAUUCAUAGGAUACAAGUCGAUAAGGAGGAUCUCAAUAGAGGGACGGGGUACCCUCGACGGUUGAUGGUUAAAAAAUAUAGCUUUUUGUAGGUUGACGGGUAUGAUUUUCGGUUAUUUGACGGCUAACGGCAUCUUUUCCUAUAAUUUGGACUGUUGACAGCUAACAUAUUGGUCUUUUGGUGGUUGACGGUAAAUCCCAUUGCCGGAGAACUUCGACCAAGUAUUUAUUUGGUAUAAAGGGUGUUGUGAGAUGAUGCCUUUGAAACAAGUCUCGCAGUUUUGUCCAGUAGCUAAUGCACAUAGAUCUGCUGCUUGUGAUCAUGACUUUGAUUGCAUGAGUUUUUUCAUUAAAAGUUAAAUGGUUACAUUUUUUGUGUUUGAUGACGUGCAGACGUCUAUGAUUUUCUUUUGUUUCACGCG